AUGUGGGUGCAGCGCUCGCCGCACUCGGGCCUCGCUCUUGUGCUGCUGCUGCAGCCGGAGGCGAACCGUCUGCACGUCUUCCCGAUCCUUUUUCGAGCGGAUAGAAGCACCUUUUUGUCCUCAAGAAGGGAUUUGAAUUUUACCGCCCGCGUCGAAGUUGACUGCCGGUUUGAAUUUGUGCCCAGAUCUCCGAGUGCUCCGAGGGAUACUUCGACAGCUCGCUCGUUCGGGAGGCAAAUUUCCCUGAAGGGUUCAAAAUUCGAUUCAUCCCGCCAGAGAGAGAUCGAGCUCACGCGUGUUGCGUUUCUUCUGAGAGGUGUCUGUCCUUACGAUCUGGAUCAUCCGUGUGCGUCGAUCGUUUACAGUCCUAGUUUCACUGCGAGAAUUUGGACUCCGAAGUGCCGAUCCCCCGGAUUGCAUCGACUGAGCGGCUGGUGUUAACUCUCUCACAGAUUGGGCAUGGUUGACUGUAAUUUCUCUCGAGUAAUCGCUGAAUUCCGGAAUUUCGGAGCGGGUUCUGUGCUGUGCGAAUUUGGUGAUGCACACCAGUGCGAAGUUGAGCCACACACCUUAUCGCACUACGAAUUAUUCAGUCUUGGGAAAUUCCGCCUGCGUCGAGUAUGUCAGAAACACACAAGUCUUUUCAACCGGUCGCGAGUGAGAUUGUCGCAAUUCCCCUUCAUCACAGGGAAACUCACCUGCCUUGUUCUCUUCUUGAUUUCUGAACUGUCGAUGAAGAGUUGAUCGCUGUCGGCUCCAGUAGUCGUUCUCCCUAGGUGACGAGAGCGCUCGACUCAGCUGCCCACUCUUCAACGAGAACGGUUUUUUAUUUGUCAAGAUUCUGCUACAUCUGUUAUAAACAAUAACGCCGAGCGGAGAAAUAAACGAGAAUAAUGUCUUGGCUCACAAUCUCAAAAUUACGGUCGACACAUUCGGCCAAAUCUCGCGCUGUCAAUCAUUGCUUGCGAAAUGUCUUAUCGCUGCACUCAACAAAUCAUGACCAACGUUUACGUGUGAUUUCACGCCCUUUCAUCUCUAACUUACUGCGUGAACACAUGAUGUUAUCACCUUAAAAGUUCGCAACUGCAAACAAUAUUCUUACCGUUCACAUUUUUUAUGUGAGUUUUAUGUUUCUUCAAUCUCAUAAGUUUACAUUUUCAUUUGAUGACAUUUCUCAGAUCGUUACAUUCGUCGAGUGCACGCGGGGCUAUUGACUGUUUACUCGGGGUACAUCAUAUCUAAUAGAGUUUUCCUAGUGAUCGGUUGCAACAUUCAAAGUACUCGAGUUUUAGCAUUGCUUGAACACGCAGUAAGGUUUAACUUUAUCGUAUGGAGAUUACGUUCUCAGUUUGGCCACUUCGCAGCGAUUUGGCUGGAUGUGCGGCAAUGGUCGACGAUUUCCGCUCUAGACUGUAA